GGCUUCAAUGCUUGUCGGUUGGAGGGUUGUUCAUUUUCUGCACUUUGCAGUGGCUACAUCUUCUCUUUCUAAGCCUCCCAGAUUCACUGCAGUAGACGCAGCGGUCCCGACUGGUCUUCCCAGGCGGAGAACCCACACUUGCUGGGGUCCCAGGAAGCUGCCGCCAGCAGCUCGGUGCAGUUGGGAAAGUCACUUUACAGCCCGGUGGGACACUCCUCCCGCGAACGGUGAGCGCCAAGGCCCCGCCCACCGGCUAACACGGAGGCGGGGCGGGCCCGGCCUCGGGGGCGUGACCAGUCUGGUGGGCGGGGCCACUCGGAGAAGGCGGAAGCUUGCUGUAGCCGGGCGGCGGCAGAACCAGGAGUCCGGAUUUUCAUUCUCCGGAGCGGGGCGCCGGGAUACGGCGGGUGGCAAAACCCGGCGCCCGGAAGCCCUUGCUUUCUUUGACGCAAAGGCUCGGGACGAAGCAGCCACCGUCUGCCCAGCGCCGGGCUAGGAGCGACCCCAGACGGAGCCUCCGAAGUCCCUCCGCCCCACAGCUUCGGCCGUCCCCGCCGCCGUCCUCGUGGCCAUGGAGUGUCCGCACCUCAGCUCCAGCGUCUGCAUCGCCCCGGACUCAGCCAAGUUCCCCAACGGCUCCCCGUCGUCCUGGUGCUGCAGCGUGUGCAGGUCCAACAAAAGCCCUUGGGUCUGUUUGACUUGUUCAAGUGUCCACUGUGGAAGGUAUGUGAACGGCCAUGCAAAAAAACAUUAUGAAGAUGCACAGAUAACCUUGCCCAACCAUAAGAGGUCAGAAAAGCAAGAGAAAGCUCAGCAUACAGUGUGUAUGGAUUGCAGUAGCUACAGCACAUACUGUUAUCGCUGUGACGAUUUUGUGGUCAAUGACACCAAGCUGGGCCUGGUGCAGAAAGUGAGAGAACACUUACAGAACUUGGAAAACUCAGCUUUUACAGCUGACAGGCAUAGAAAAAGAAAAUUAUUGGAAAACUCGUCACUAAACAGCAAGUUAUUAAAAGUAAAUGGAAGUGCAACCGCCAUCUGUGCCACAGGCCUCCGGAAUUUGGGCAACACAUGUUUCAUGAAUGCUAUCCUUCAGUCACUCAGUAACAUUGAGCAGUUCUGCUGUUAUUUCAAAGAGCUGCCUGCUGUGGAAUUACGGAAUGGGAAGACAGCAGGAAGGCGAACAUACCACACGCGGAGCCAAGGGGACAACAACGUGUCUCUAGUAGAAGAGUUUAGGAAGACACUGUGUGCUUUAUGGCAAGGCAGCCAGACUGCAUUUAGUCCUGAGUCCUUGUUUUAUGUUGUCUGGAAGAUCAUGCCUAACUUCAGGGGUUAUCAGCAGCAAGACGCCCACGAAUUCAUGCGCUACCUUUUGGAUCACCUACACUUGGAACUUCAGGGUGGCUUCAAUGGUGUUUCCCGAUCAGCAAUUCUACAGGAGAAUUCUGCUCUGUCUGCAAAUAACAAAUGCUGCAUAAAUGGAGCCUCAACUGUUGUCACAGCAAUAUUUGGAGGAAUUCUCCAGAAUGAGGUCAACUGCCUCAUCUGUGGGACAGAGUCAAGGAAGUUUGAUCCAUUCCUAGAUCUCUCCUUAGAUAUUCCAAGUCAAUUCAGAAGCAAGCGCUCUAAGAACCAGGAAAGUGGGCCGGUUUGCUCAUUACGAGAUUGUCUCCGAAGCUUCACCGACCUAGAGGAACUUGACGAGACAGAGUUGUAUAUGUGCCACAAGUGCAAAAAGAAACAAAAGUCCACAAAAAAGUUUUGGAUUCAGAAACUUCCCAAGGUGCUGUGCUUGCACUUGAAAAGGUUCCACUGGACAGCGUAUUUAAGAAACAAAGUUGAUACGUAUGUAGAAUUCCCGCUGAGAGGCCUGGACAUGAAGUGCUACCUACUAGAGCCGGAGAAUAGUGGCCCGGAGAGUUGCCUGUAUGACCUCGCUGCUGUGGUGGUGCACCAUGGCUCUGGGGUUGGUUCUGGACAUUACACAGCCUAUGCAACUCAUGAAGGCCGCUGGUUCCAUUUCAAUGACAGUACUGUGACCAUGGCUGACGAGGAGACCGUUGGGAAGGCGAAGGCCUACAUUCUCUUCUACGUGGAGCGUCAGGCCAGAGCUGGAUCAGACAAACUUUAAUACUUCCUCUGACCACAGUUCAAUUGUACCGGACAAACAUUUCCAAUUUUCCAUAAAUACUUGAUCCAAGAGUUAAUUUCGUUAUGCACUUUCUCAGUUUCCAGUUUGGGGUUUAGUUUGGUCAGUGGUAGUGACUUACUCAAUAUGGGCACCAACUAAUUUUUGUUGUUGUUCUACCAGAAAACCUCAGCAGGCAUCUUGAUUGGCUGCUUUAGUUGUAAUAACUCAAGUUUUCUAUGUAGUUUCCAGGACUUAGUUCUGUUUGACUUUUUAUAUUAACGUUUUCAGUUCUCACCAAGGCACAUGUGCUCUGUCCUCACAUUCUGGGAGCCACCCCACUUGCUGCCUUUCAUAGCAGUCAGGAUCGUGUGCGCAGGACCUGUGGCCACGGUCUCACGGUGACUGCUCAGGAAUUCCUUCUGACUGUAGGCGGUACCUACUGCCUGUGUCUCUGGGCUGCUGUUUCUCAGCGUUAAAUAAACCUGUCCGUUCUUUGCAUCCAUGAUGAAGUCCCAGAAUCACUUGAUUUCUUGUUUCUGUCCUAUUAGUAUUUUCUUUGAGCAGACUGGCCAGGAACACUGACUCGGCUUCGUGGUAGAGGUACAAUUCCAUGAAGCGGUUCUGUUUGCCCAGCAGAGGUGAGGUUGCCGUCCAGAGUGGAUAGUCACCUGCCGUCAGGUGCUGCUGUGGCACCUUCCAGACACAAGGGAGUCAGCAUUAGCCUGAGGGCAGAGCCAGGUGAAAGGGUUUUUUUGUCUCUGAACAAGAAAUAGCUUCUAUUCUUGAAUUCAGUAGCUUAAAAAAAAAUUACUGUUCACAAAAAUAGGUAGAAGCACUAUUUGGAUUCAACCCAAAUUGAAAUUUGGCCCAUUUAAAGAAGGCAGCUAAUGGCAAGUGCUGGAGGCCAGUGAUUGGAUUUGGGGAUGGAGGUAAUGCAGCCUGCAAGUCAAGAGUAUAGAGCUCCAACACAGCUUGUUCCAUGGUCCUCUCCGAAAGGGACAAAAUGUACUUCAUGCAGACUUUUUAGCAAUCUUAUUUUUCUAUUUAGAGAAGAGUUUGGUAGCUUUCCUUGGCUACUGUGAAGCUGAUGGAGCACACACAGCCCAGUUCUGCUUUACUGUCAGCCGGAUAAAUCCUGCAUUCCCUCCGAGCAGAAAUGACAUACUGGAUCAGCACUUCAAUACAGACCUAACGUGAACCCAUCAGGACAAUGGCCACAUUCCUCAGUCACAGCAGUCAUGGUCCCAGUGCCUUUUCUACAGGGCAUGGGUUCUCUUGCACAACACUGACAAAAAAGUGGCAUUGUGUUUCCGUGAGAAGCCAUGGAGCUGUGCUGAGUUCCAUGAGGUAGAGGCACGUGCAGUUAUCUCUGUCCUGCUGGUUUGACCCACAGAUGCAGGUGAUACAGCUAAGCCUGACUGAGUCUCAUCUGACCUUGAACAAGCUCGUGCAGAUCCAGACCCUUCUCCCUAGAAGGGAGACUCUAGACUCUGAACAAUGGCAUUUGUGUCUUGGCCUCUCAAUGGGCCAAGACUCAGGCGGAGCAGCUGCUGUCAUCCCAGGUGGAACGCAGUGGCAGAUUGGACUGUUUUGUUGGCAUACAAGGGGAAUGCAUCAUCUCUGGGAAUUUUUGUAGUUUUUUUUUUUUUAUUGCUUGAUUUUACUUAAGUAACAAUGUCUGAGUGGCGCCAUGAACUGCACCCAUUUGCAUUGUGCAUCUGAGCAUCCAUGAUGUAAAUGUGCCUGUAUUUUAAGUCUGUGUAGCCUUAUCACACCUGUUAGACAAGCUCAUCGUUCUGUGCUGUUUACGGCUUUCCCUGUACCAUGCAUUCCAGCCUGCAUGCAGCUUUCUGCUCAGAGUUUAUGCUGAGGCAGGACCUCACACAUACCCUGUCCCAUCAGCCCCUGGGAACAGGAAACUCCAAGUCCUCCCACUCAGGUGGGGAUAGAAACAGUUUGUGGCAACACAAGUCUCUCUCCAUGGUGGAGAAACCUAUGCUUAUCCACUGUAUUCUACUCAGUGUGUAGUGACGACAGAUGAUCAAUUAAACCAGUCACAUGUGCUGGC